ACAUUCUUCGUAUCUUGUUUAUCAAUCAAUAAAUCUUCAAAAUUUCAAUCAUUGUUGAUUAAACUUUCGAAGAAGAAAAUUCCAAGUUAGCAAGGAUCAUGAGUGAUUGCAAUUGGACAAAUCCAUUGUGCAACACAUCACUUCUCCUCGCAAGUGGAUAUGCUCUCUGGUCGUGUGCUUCAAAGAAGAAUAAGAAGGAGACUAAAACCGAAACUAAAAAAUCACAUGAUUGUCCUCCACAAACCAUCGAACCUGUUAAGGAUGAGAAGAACUCAAAUUCUGAAGAAAAGAAAACAACUUCUUCUAAUAAUGAAGUUCCCCCACAGAAGAAAUUGAUUGGAAACGAUGAAGUGAAGAAAGAGAAAAAGAAAAGUGAGGAUGAUUUGUUGGAUGUUAAGAAGACGGCAAGUAAGGAAGAUGAUAAGAAGAGGAUGGAUAAGAAGGAUCCUAGUAAGAAGCUAAGUAAGGAGAAGCUGAGAGAAGAAAAGAAGGAGCAGAGCAAGAAAGUGAAUAAAGAGAAAAAGAUGAACAAGUCAGAAUCAGUUGAUGAAGAUAAUGAACAACCACCGGAGCCUGGAAGUGAUCCAAGGAAGAUUUGGGCUUUUAAAGCUGCUAAAAUGAAAUGCCAAGCGAUCAGUAAGCUUCAUCAGGAUAAGAUCAAAGGGUACAUGCCACCGAACUGUACCUAUACCGCUUAUGAUGCUAAUCCGGAUCUCAAUCGCUAUGCAGAUGUUCGUUGUAUCGAGGAGACACGUGUCGUUCUGAAGAACCAUGACCGUGACUACAUCCACGCGUCGUGGAUGAGAAUGCCUGGGAAAGAUCAGUCCACGUAUAUCACAACACAAGGACCACUUCCAGAGACUCUCUCAGACUUUUGGCAUAUGAUUUAUCAGGAGAAGAUUGCCUAUGUCUUGAUGCUUUGCACUUUGUUUGAAGGUGGUGUUGAGAAAUGUGCUCUUUAUUAUCCUGAAAAACUCGGUGAAGUUGUGAAAUUCGGAAAAUACGAGAUCACACUGACUGAAUGCAAAGAAGAAGCCAUCGCAGGAACAAUUUGGAAUGCUUUGACUGUAACCAAUACGGAGGAUGCCUCUUCUGAACCAUUGUACAUGAAUCAUGUGCAAGUUCCAUGGUGGCCAGAUCAAUUGGCUCCGGAGGAUGCUCGUCCGAUGAUCGAAUUGUAUAAAUGGGUGAAGAAGGUGAAUCCAAAGGAAACGCCGAUUUGUGUGCAUUGUAGUGCUGGUGUCGGAAGAACUGCCACUUUUGUUGGUAUCGACUACGCGACUAUCCGCAUAAUGGAAAAUCCGAAUAUUGAGAUGUUGGAUAUUGUCCGUGAGAUGCGUGCAAUGCGUUUCCAAGCUGUUCAAUCUCAUAUGCAAUUCCUAUUCCUUUAUGUUGUUUUGAUGGAGUACUUUAUUGGGGAAGGAGUCGUUGAACGUACCGGACGAGUUGACACUUUUAUGACUCAAUACAAGAAGCAUGCACAGAAGAAGUUGGCAAAACGUGCGGCCCAGAAUCAACAAGGCGAGAAAUUGGCAGCGGAAGAAAAAGAAAAGGAUAAAGUUAAAGUAUAGAACUAUUAUUUUAUGAAAUUUUAAUAAAUGGAAUAAAGUUCAACUCAUGUG